AGGCGGCGGCGGCGGCGGGGGCUGCCCAGGGAUUGUCUCGCUCGCUCCGCGGCAAGAAAGUUGGGCGGCGAGCGCGGACGGCGGCGGCGGCCCCCCCGGCGCGGUGUGCGGCGGCCGGAGCGCGGCCCCGGAGCGGCGCUGCCCCCGGGGAGGGGGCGCCGCGCCUGGAUUAUCCCGAGCUGGGUCGAGCCUCCUGGAUCUGCCUCUCUCCUCCGCGCCGAGUGAACCCGAGGUGUCCUCGUCCUGAUCCAGAUAGAUCCCCCCCUCUCUCUCUUUUUUUUUUUUUUUAAUUUUUUCUUUUUUUUUUUUUUCCCCUCCUCCCCUCCUCUUCCCGUCUCUGCUUUUUUGGGGGGGGUGGGGGGGGCGGGGGGUGGAAAUUUGUCAAGGUCAUUCCGUGGAUUUAAUAUUUUUUGUGUGUGUGUGUGUGUGUGUGUGUGUGCGCGCCGCUCGCCCCACCGCCACCGCCACCCAGCCUUGCUCUGUGGAUUAUCAUCGCCCUGGAUCCGAGGGUCUGAACAGCAGGAUUUUUGUUGUUGAUUUUUUAAAUUUUUUUUUUUUAAAAUUUUUUUUUGCAAGGGCUCCGGGGUUUGGAGAGGGGAAGCGGUGAGUUGGAGGGGGGUGACUUUUCUCUUCCCCCCCUCCCCCGCGCCCCCCCCCCCGCCCCCCCCCACCCCCACGCCCGGCCUUUCUUAAUUAUUAUUAUUAUUUUUUAAAUUUUUUUUUUUUUUUGAUUUGCUGCUUCUCCGGCAAUGGAUGGGAAAAUCCGGCAGAGCCGGAGGUCGAGGUCGCAGCGGGACCGCGUGCGGCGGCGGGAGGCGGCGGCCCGCGACCCGCGGAACCAGAGCCCCUCCUCGGGUUCGGAGAAGGAGCCGAGCCCCGGCAAGGAGAACGGCGGCCAGAACUGCACGGCCCCGCGGGGCCCGCCGCCCGCCGCCCGCGCCGCCCGGCCCCCGCGCCGCCGCCGCCGCGAGUCCAGCUCCCAGGAGGAGGAUCUCAUCGAUGGCUUCGCCAUAGCCAGCUUCAACACCCUGGAAGCCCUGGAGAAGGACAUGUCGCUAAAGCCUCAGGAGCGGAAGGAGAAAUGGGAGAGGCAUCCAGGAAAGAAACCUAGAGAAUCUGAAAACUGUGUGUCUGCUGAGCCAAGUGAAAAUGGCCAUAACAAUGACGCUGGGAGCUCUGAGAGAGAGGCAGAAAGAGGCAAAGAACGGAUGAAGAAGAAACUGCCCUUGAAGCUAUCCAAACAGAUGAAGGUCCCUACAAGCAGAAGUGGCAGAAAUAGCGAGGAAGACAGCAUCAGGGAGGCCACAAGCUCUCAGCGGAGCAGCUCAAGGGACCGUCUCAGUGAUAGUUCUGCUCAAUCGCUUUCAGGAAGAGGCUACUCCUGUGACAGCGAGAGUGAUAUUGACGAUAAGACCGCAACGGAACUGGAGCUGACUCGUAUCAGGAGUGCCUUGAUAACAAGCAAGGCUUCUGUAGGCUCUGAGAAGCUGUUCUCCCCUGCAGCAAAUAAAGGUCCCACCUUGAAUGACAAGCCAGAAGUGAAAGCAGCCAAUGUCCCAAAGGUGUCUGGGCUAGAGCGGAGCCGGGAACUGAGCACCGACGUGCCCUUCGCCCUGCCUAUCCCCAGCCCCCAGCCAGUAGCUGCCGUUGUGACUUCUACUUCCUCAGCGCCCACGUCAAGCGCCAGAGCAAGCCCACUGUUGAAGAAGGAGCCAGUGAUUUCAGCACCAGCACCACCAAGGCUCACGCCUCAGCCGCAGCCUCGGCCACAGUCACAACCUCAACCUCGGCCGCAGUCGCAGCCUCAGUUAAUACCUGAGCUUCGGACCCAGCCUCCGAGUCACAUCCCUCCACCUCUCAAUUACCAAGUGCAUCACCAGGUGGCCCACAACGGACUCAAUAAUAUCAGCCGGAGCAGCAGUGCUAGCAGUGCAACAAGCAUCAGCCUCCCGAAACACCUUCCCCUCUCUCCCCAGAUUCCUCCGCACCAUUCCUCCGGCCCGGCUCUGCCCCUCUCCAUCUCUAAUCUUGCUACCUCGCACUUCUCUCUCAGAUCGCAGGCCCAACACCAGCACCAUCCGGCCAUGUUCGCCACCCCACCCACGCUGCCACCUCCACCAGCGUUACCUACCAACAGCCUCGUGAUACCGGGUCACCCUGCGGAUCACGAACUGCUCAGGCAAGAGCUGAACAACCGGUUUUUGGUUCAGAGUUCGGACCGGGCCGCUGCCUCACUUGGCCCGGUGCCGCUGCUGAGAGCGGAGUUUCACCAGCACCAACACACGCAUCAGCACCAACACACCCACCAGCACACAUUCACUCCUUUUCCAUCCAGCUUGCCCCAGACGCCGCUCAUGCCGCCCUCUGCACCUCCCAUGGUGCGUACCCCAGCCCAAAAUUUUGACAAGUACGCUCCCAAAUUAGACAACCCUUACUUUCGACAUUCCAACUUCUUUCCAACCUAUCCUCCAGCAAUGCCUGGAAUGCCACCCAUGCUUCCACAUUCAGGUCCCUUUGGGUCACUUCAGGGAGCAUUUCAACCGAAGACUUCAAACCCUAUUGAUGUAGCAGGUAGACCAGGCACAGUCCACCAUACGCUGCUGCAGAAGACUCCAGGGGUGUCAGACCCUUAUAGGCCUCCAGUAAGAGUAAGUAAGAAACCCGGGAAGUGGUGUGCGGUUCACGUACAGAUUGCCUGGCAGAUCUACCAUCACCAGCAAAAGAUAAAGCAAAUGCAGCUGGAUCCCCACAAGCUAGAGAUAGGUGGUAAACUUGACCUGUUCAGCAGACCUCCCGCCCCUGGAGUGUUUCCAGGCUUCCAUUAUCCACAGGAUCUUGCCAGGCCUCUGUUUUCUACCACAGGUGCGACGCAUCCAGCCACCACCCCUUUUGGUCCUUCACCUCAUCACAGCAGUUUCCUGCCUACAAACCACUUGGCAGGUAAGUAUCCAUUUAGCAGGUCAAGCACCUUCAGCGGCCUUGGGAACUUAGGCAGCAAUGCCUUUGGAGGAUUAGGCAGUCAUGCUCUGACUCACAACAACAUUUUUACUCACAAAGAUGGCCCGAACCUGCAGAAUUUCAAUAAUCCCCACGAGCCAUGGAACAGACUCCAUCGGACCCCGCCGUCCUUCCCGACACCUCCGCAGUGGCCCAAGCCCACCGAUUCCGAGCGAAGCUCCUCGGUGACAAACCAUGACAGAGACAGAGAGCGGGAGCGAGAGCCCGAGAAGAGGGAUCUUUCUCUGAGUAAAGACGACAGAGACAAAGAGAGAGACCUCAUGGAUAAAAACAGACAUUCAAACAGAUCCUCACCGGCAUCGGCUCCAGUGACACAUCAGAUAAGCAAUCUCAUCCGCAGCAACAGCCAAACCUCCAGUGAUCCCAUCAGGCAGGUUAGCCUCGGUGAAAGGGAAAGGUCCAAAGAACCCGAGCGAGAGCACCCUGACCGGCUGAGAGAGCCGCCCAUAGCGGAACACAAGAUUAAAGAGAGCCGUUCUCCAGUGAAGGAAACUCCAAGCCAUGAUAAGAGACCCUCUGAGGACAACACAAAGCCAGUAAUCCAGUCUGUAUCCCCGUACAGCAAACCUGCACUAAGUGAGAGCUUGAAGCUUACCAAUCUAAUGAGCAAGGACAUGGAGAGAAAGACAGAGCUUCCCAGCGACCUCCAGAAGAUUAAGAAUGACAUCAAAGUCAAAGAGGAGAGGAAGGAAGACAGUGACGUGCUGGUGGUUGGGUCUGAGCCUUCACAGCACUCCCGGUCGGUGGAGCAUCCCCCACCGCCUACUUUGCAUGGAUUAUCAUUGCCUCACUCGAUGGCUGCCUCUAUGCCCAUCUCCAUGGGCAGCGUGCACCAGAUGAACAACAUGAAUGUUCUGGACCGCAGCAGAAUGAUGACCCCGCUCAUAGGCAUGAAUCCUUUGUCAGGAAGAGAGAGGCUGCCACAUCCCGGAUUUUCCUGGGACCCGAUGAGGGACCCAUUGCGAGAUGCCUACCGGAGCUUAGACCUGCACCGUCGAAUGGACUUCCAGCUCCGGACGGAUCCUAUCCACAGGUUCCCUACCACCUCUGGAUUUUACGACCAUGAGCGUUCUUACAGAGACAGGGAGCCGCACGACUAUAACCAUGAAAACCUUCUUGAGGCCCGCCGAGAGCAGGAGCGGUUGCGGCAAGUGGAGGAAAGAGAGCGCUUGCACUUACGGGAAGAACUUGAGCGUGCCAGAAUGCACCACUUGCACUCGUCCCCCAUCGAAAGUCACCUGGCACACGUGCCAUCCUUCAUGCCUCACUUAAGCGGGAUGCAUUACCCCAGACUGAGCCCAUCCACUGCCAUGCACAACGGGAUUUUAAACAGGAACCCGCCGACCGCAGCGCUGAGCGCCCCACCGCCUCUUGUACCAGCGAGCAGCACCAGACCUGCCUCCCCACGCAGGACUACUCCACUCACAAACUCAGAGUCCAGGGACUACUCCCCCUCUAGGAACCCCAAAGAAGUAGAGGCACGAUAGUCCCCAACAUUGAAUUUUAAACUCGCCUGUAUAUAAAACAACCAACCGACGACGACGACGACAACAACAACAACAACAAAAAGCAAAGAGAAAAAAAAAAAACAAAACAAAACAAAAAAACAAACCUUUUACAAAAUGCACUGCUGUAAACUUUUUUUUUUAAUGUAAAAUUUGUAGAAGUUAAGCACAUUUCCAUAAAUAACGGGGUCGGGGAUGCAGACUUUCCAACAAGAAGGUUGCUGAGAAUGGGAAUUUAAUAUAUAGGUAUUGAUUUUUUGUUUUUGUUUUUUGUUUCUGUGCUAAAAAAAAAAAAAAUUAGUUAAAAAUAUCAAGUUUGUACAUUUUUUCCCAAAUGUGAGAAACAUUUUUAAUGGAUUUGUAUUUUUUUUAAUUUUGUGCUCUUUAUUCACUUAAAAAAAGAAGAAAUUUUGCUUUUGUUUUUAGUUAAAUUUGCAUUUUAAAGGCCUCAGAUCCUUAAGAAAAAAAAUACCCAGGGUUUCUUAAAAGUAUUAUUUAUGGAAAUACUGUAGUUUUACAGUCCACUGUGAGGUUCCCUUCUGAGGCCAAUUGAUCACUUACCUUGGUACUUUGGAACCGAAGUUACGGAUAUAUAUUAAAAUAUUAAUAAUAAUAAUAAUGUACAAAACUGUUUGUUUUUUGCCUUAUUAUAUUAUGCAGAAAUUUAAGAGGAAUUUUUUUUGACUUCUUGUUUUAAACAAACAAAAAAAAAAAACAAAGAAAACAAACUGUAAAUAUUCUGUUAAUAUAAAUGUACACCAAUAUUAAAUUCUUAACAUAGGUAGACUUUAUAAAAAUGGUUUCUAGAACCACUCUGGUUAUUUGUUAACAUGGUUACAACUCAUACUCUUGUCACAGUCAGAAAUUCACACUCAGAAAGCUAAGUACGGCAUAUAUACUUCAACUAUGCAAGAACUCGGAGGCAGGUCUUAGUGGAUGUUGGGGGGAGGAAGGUUUAAAAAAAAAUAAAUAAAAAACAACCCAAAAAACAACCAACUCGCAACUCUGGAGACAGAACGGCAGCGGCAUGUGAACGGAGAGAAGGAUGCUUGUGUUUAACAAAAAAAAAAAAUAAAAAAUAGAGACUGAAUUUUUUUGUACAAACACAAGGGACAGUUCGUCAAGGAAAGAGAGAGAGACACGCUCCUGGAAGGGAAUUUUGGUUUCCUACUUCUCAAGCUGGCAAAAGCAGAUGGAACUGGCACAGUACCAUGCGGCAGACCCUUUCCUGAUUUUUUUUUUUUUCCUUUUUUUUUUUCUCUUUUUUUGUGUUGUGGGCAGGAUCGCUGGCAAGCAAGGACAAUUUUCCGUGGACCCCUUGUGCUAAUUGUGCAGUGUUCUUAUUGGAAUCUGUAUACAAGACAAAGUAGAAUUUUAGGAGUGCAAAAAAAAAAAAAAAAAGUCUAAUGGUUGAUUAAAAAAAAAAAAAGAAAUUCUGAUAUAUUAUCUAUAGUACAUGAAGACCAUAAGCAAAUGUUUGUUUCAGUGUGGUUCUGCCUUGAACUGCUUUUUGGCAUGAUUUAUUUUUUAUUUCCGAUUUUACUUUUCAUCCAUAUGUAAAUUUUGCCAUGUUUUACUUGCUGUACCAUCCCCCCUCCCUUAUUUUAUUUUUCAGUGUCCAUGUUUUAUAUAUCCUGGGCUUUUUCUCUCUAGUUAAUUCAGCCAUCCGCUACUAUUUUCUUGGCUCUGUAACUCUUGUUUCCCCCCCCUCCCCAUCCUCCCCCCUGCACCCCCUGUAAUUUUAAACAUUCAGUUUCCUUGUAGAUCAAUGAAGAUAAAUACAACAUUGAUUUUGGAUGAAAAA